UUAAUCGGCUGGCUACCAGCUCUAGCUCAAUUUUGUUUUCAUCUGAGACUUUUUGCCAUGUCCAUGUCUUUGGCUCGUGUUGACAGAGCGGUCCUCUAGAGUGUCCUUGAGCGAGUUGCCAGUGCAGUGCGAAUCCCGAAACGGGGUCCAGUCGAUAUCCGAUCCCCGAUAUCCCCGAUUCCCGAUGAAUGCCAAUGGGAGCGGCGGCGGCGGAGGAGCAGCGCCCGUCUCCGGAGGACUGGGAGGUGCUGCACAUGGAGGAGCAGCUGCUGGUGCAGGUGCAGCAGGAGCUGGAGGGGGAGGUCCCGGAGGAGGAGGAGGCCCUGCAGCGGCAGCUGAUCAGCCUGGUGAGGCGGCUGGAGGAGCAGCAGGUGGCGGUGCUGCUGGCGACGGAGCGGCCAAUCCUACAGGACAUCCAAAUGGAACCAGCGCCAGCACGUCGGAAAACCCUGCGAAUUGCGCCAACACCAACGAGGAUCAAGAGGCGAAGCGGCGCAAGUGCCGCGAAUCUGAGGAAGCUCAGGAUGGAGCCAGCACGAUGAUCGAUGCGAACAGUGUGCUCAACAAGAUCGCCAACCUGUACGCCGAGCAGCUGAUGUCGGACAUAGUGCUCCUGGUGGACGGCAAGGAGUAUCCCGCGCACCGCGUUAUCCUCUGCGCCAGCAGCGACGUCUUUCAGGUGAUGCUGAUGAACCCCGAGUGGAACGAGUGCAGCAAGCAUGUCAUUGAGCUGCACGAGGAGGCCUGCUGCUCGGCGGUGUUUCCGCAGUUCAUCAAGUACCUGUACGUGGGCCACAUCGAGGUCACCCUGCAGACGGUGAUGCCGAUGCUGGCGCUGAGCGACAAGUACAAUGUGCGCGACCUGAUCGAUCUCUGCGUGGGCUACAUGAACAAGCACGUGGCGAAGGCGGCGACCAGUGGCUAUUUGGUCUCCUGGCUGCAGUACACGCUCUCCUUCACGCCCACCCACAACGAUCUCACCGAGACGCUGAAGCGGUUCCUCAAAUGGAACCUCGAGAUGGUGGCCGAGUCGCGUGACUUUGUGGAAAUGGACCCGGCCAUUCUGCAGCUGCUGCUGCAGCAGAACGAUCUGGUUGUCACCAGCGAGUACAAACUGUUUGCCAUCCUGCAGACGUGGCUGCUGCAUCGUCGCGAGCAGAUGGAGGCCACCGCCAGCGGCAGCUUCAUGGAGCUGAUCGAGCAGACGGUGACGCACAUCCGAUUCGGCAUGAUGACGCCGCGCCAGCUGUCACAUCUGCUGAUGGACCCGCUGAUCGAGUACCACAAGGAGUUCCUCGUCGAGCGAAUAGCCAUCGGGAUGAGCUAUCAGUCGGGGCAGGAGGAUCGGGUGCGCGAGGUGCGAGCCAGUGAGUCGGGUGAGCUGCAGUUCACGCCGCGCCUCUACUGGAACGACACCUGGAGCGUCGACAUCGAUGUGCACAACUUCGACGCGAUCGAGGACUACAAGAACUAUGUGACCUGCUUCUUUUCGCAGCGCCACAUCGCUGAGACUGAGGAGGACGAUCCCUGCAUGACCUGGGAGAUUGAGUUUUUCCCGCGUGGCGUCAAGUACAACAAGGCCAAAAUGGUCUGGGGCGAGGACGUGCCGGGCUGCUCGUUAAACACAGUGCGCCUACGGGUUACCUGCAAGCAUCAAAAUAUUGGCGAGGAGCGCUUUAAGAUCGCCGUGCUGAUCGUCGGCGUGCAGAACCAGAUAAUGCACAUCCGCACGGUGGUGGAGCGCACGGAGUACUUCUCGGAUACGUCGCGCGUGAUCAACCUGGACAACCUGCUGCCGUACGAGGAGCUGGAGCACACGUCACCGUACUUGAGUCCACACUUAACGGGCACCGCACGGAACACACUGACCCUGCACGUGGUCAUCACGCCGAUGGGAUCGCACACCUGCCGAGAUACGCCGCCGUUUCAGUUCUAAAUAAGAAAGUGGAGAUCGAAUUUGUGUGUGUGUGUGUGUGUGUAUGACCUAUUGACUUUCCGGCGCAUCCAAAUAAGCACUCCACGCAGCACCGCAGCGACCACUGUCUUUCACUCUUCCAUUCAAAAUUUGUAUGUAUUUGUAUGUACGAAUCCGAUGCGACUGCGAAUCCGCUUGGGCUCAAUCCCUGCGAUCCUCACCAGCGGAAUGAUCCUCACCUGCGCGAUCACUCGACUCCCUGCAAUAUGUUUUGUUAUAAGUUUAUUGUUUUACAUAUAUAUAUUUUUUUCCUAUAAGUUAAGCGCACCGCAAACAAAAAAGUGGAGUGAGAGUUCAAAGGCAGGGCCAUAAACGCUGAUUGAGGAUCGCAGAUCGCAGAUCGCAGGUGGUGGAUCGCGGUUCGUUGAUCUUGGCCAUAAGAAGCACGACACUUGGGCGUGUGAGCAUCGUACUGUAUAUCUACUGUGCCGUUUCGCAGCGUGAACGCCAACUAUAAUGAACCUAGACUAUGGAAAAGGAGAUUUUCUAAAUAAACGUUGAUAUGUAAAGAACAAAAACAGAAACCAACAAAGUGAGCGAAAUAAGAAACCAAAUUCCCCAAAAUGGCUAAGAAAGAGAGAGCCGCAUUUGGCUAUUGCUGUCUCGUGUGUUUACCAAUGCAUAAAGCAUCAGUUUAAAUGUUUUACAGCCAAUAGAUACGUGUGUUUUCCGCCUAGAUUUCCACCUGGAUCCCUUUACGAGUGCGUUUAUGGCCCGGGAUCAACCUGUCGCGUCUUGGGGGCCUAUCUUUAUGGGCCACUCCAGCUGGGAGUGACUUGGCCAUAAAUUAUGGCACACACAGGCCCACAGUGCGGAUCGCCAGGGAUUCUGGACCAUUCGAGUGCAGAUGACGUGCGUUGGAUCGCCAGACAAUAUGAGAAGAGAAUAUCAAUAUCGAUCUCGGCCAUCAAUCGAAUUGAUUUCAUCUUGGCGUUAAUGUAGUUGUUAAAUAAAAUGUCUCUUCAAAAAUCAGCCAUGGUCUAUUAUUGAAGUUUGCGUUUUCAUUAGACUGAACUAAAGAGUAGAAUUACUGUCAUUUAACGAUAUACCUAUAAUUUAGUGAUUUCGGUUUUAAUUUUAAUUAUUUCCUAGUGUUGACCAGUCAUUUUGUAAAAUAACAUCUCUGAAACCUCCAAUAAAGGUGUCUAAAACUA